AUGUCGCCGGGGUCGGAGCUGGAGCGCGGGCCGCCCCGGGCGGUGCUGGGCUACAACCCGGACGAGAAGCUCCGGCUGCAGCAGCUGCGCGAGCUGCGGCGCCGCUGGCUGAAGGACCAGGAGCUGAGCCCGCGCGAGCCGCUCCUGCCCCCGCGCAAGCCCGGCCUGGUGGAGGGCUUUUGGGAGCGCUUUUUGCAGCCCGGGGGGCUCUGGAGGAAGCAGGUGUUCAAAACGUACCGUGCUGGGACAUUUGUUGUAUUUCGGCUACUUAUCCCUUUUUGGAUUAGCCACUACUAUGUCAAAUAUCAUCUAAUGCCACGGCCCAAUGGUAUUGUGGAUGUAAAGCCAAGAAUAUACCCAGGUGACAUAAUUCUGGAAACGAAUGCGGUCGUUCCCCCAUUGGAAAUCCCCUGCCGUCGUCAUUAA